UUUCAACUUCACUCAUUGGAGGGAGGAGCAUGUUCCCAACUCAUUGGAUAUUCUCUAAAUACAUAGAACACAUCGGGAAACCUUUCGUCGUCACCGUUCUGUCUGUCCAAGCCAAAUUACCUUUCGUCGUGUUGGAAGUGUCUCCGUUCUCCGAUUCCAUCCGAGCAAAGCCAAAAUUAUUUUCCUCGGCAGUUGCGCAGUUUCCGUUGAGUUCCACAACCAUUCGGCGUUCUGUUCCCUUCCCCCGACCGUAAGUUACCACUGUUUAUUGCCAUGUCGGGCGACUGCGCCAAUGCUGGCGAUCCCUGCCAGGCUCCGACCGACUUCUCCCCGUGCCCGCCGGGGUCGACAUGUCCGCCGUGCGAUUGCGGUGACUACGCAGGCUGCUGCUAUCAGCAGCCGGCUCGCACGAUGCCCAUUGUGCCCAAGUCGCACUUUAUGCGCUCCACGGCGCCACUGGACACGGACACGAUUUACCGGCGUUCUUACUACGCCAACUGUGGCGACAACUUCAGGGCCCGUCCCGUGAUGCCGUGUUCCCAGAUCCGCGCCUCCACCGCGCCGCUGGAGAAGUGCACCAUCCAGAAGCUGUCAUACAUGCCGCCUUGUCCGGUGAAGCGGACACCGCCCAUCAUUCCCAUGGAGAGUGGGCUACGCUUUGAGGGUCCCAUCUAUGCGAUGACCUCGCAGAAGCACGACUACGUGCCCAAGGGAAUAGUCAAGCGGGAUCCUAUAAUGCCGCGGGUGGCCAUCUGCACUUCAAACGCCCCCAUGGAGCGCUGCACCAUCCAGAAGCUGAGCUACAUGCCAAUUGACGUGUGCCAGAAUCCGCCGCCCAAGCCCAUGACCCAGGGCUCCCACUACUGCAAGCCAGCGGGACCCAUGGAGCGCUGCACCAUCCAGAAGCUGUCCUACAUGCCGGUCUGUCUGCCGGCCAAGGAGCCCACUCCCUGGGCCGACAAGAUCCGAUGUGUGCCGCCGCGCUACUCGAAUGUGUGCACCACCUACAACCUGAGCUACAUGCCCAACUGCAAUGAGGCGCGCACUGCUCCGGUGAUGCCGCUGACGACGCUCCGCUUCUGCGGCAACGAUUCCGGUACCGCCAGUACGGUUUAUAAGCUGAGCUACAUGCCGGUGGAUGCUUCGCGAACCAAGCCGGAGCCCGUGCUGCCCAGAGACACCUUCUGCCGGCCCACAGGCCCGCUGGAGAAGUGCACCAUUCAGAAGCUCUCCUACCAGCCAAAUUGUACAGAGCGGACUCCGCCCAUCCGCCCGAUGGAGAACGGGCUGCGCUUCGACGGACCCAUGUAUGCGAUGACCACCCAGAAGCACGACUUUGUAGCCAAGCCUCAUGUGCGACGGGCACCGAUCAUGCCGCGCACCGCCUUCUGUCGACCCACCGGUGCCAUGGAGCGGUGCACUGUGAACAAGCUGUCGUACAUGCCGGUGGAUGUCACCUGCUUCCCACGGGCCGAGUCCGUCCGGCCGCGCCAGGGCUUCUGCCGCAACGAGGGCCCGAUGGAGAAGUGCACCACGUACAAGCUCAGCUACUUGCCCAACUGCAUUCCGCCCAAGGAGCCGCUGCCCUGGGCCAGAUACACCUCCUACUGCCGGCCAUCUGGUCCCAUUGAGAAGUGCACGAUUCAGAAGCUCAGCUACGGGCCGCCCGGUGCCUUCCAACGUUGUGGCGGUCCUUGUGGAACUGGCGGCGGCGAUGGUUUCCCCAAAGCAGGCAUUUGUUAAGCUCGCAGUUCACUCGGAGUGGCAGGCGAAUCCCUCGUUUUAUGUUACGUGUUUAGUCCAAAAUCUUCCAGUCGACGUUUGUGUUGCUUUUAAAUAUCUGGGGAUCGGCGCUCCUCGCUUGGCAAUCUGAACUCUUUGCACCUGAAUUACUACCGCCACCCGAUUGCCAUGUCUCUGUGUCCAUAGAAAAUUGAAAGUCUUCCAGCGAUCGAUUCGCUAACGAAUUGUGGCGCAGUACUCCCAAAAAAUUGAUGAUGUUCACAGAAUAUAUAUGUAGAUCCAGUAAAUCCACAAAUUAUCUUGUACCAUA